CUGGGCGGAGCCUCGAGGCCGGUUUGGAAUUUUUGGCGCGAGCCGGUUCCGCGCGCGUUCACGGGCCGUUCCCCGUCGGAGAGUCCUCCGCUCGGGCGUCCGGAGCCGUCGACGCGGACGCCUGUGCGCCGGACAACCCCAGGGCCUCCCGAGGCCCCCGCCGACGCGGAAUCUGGGACCUCGCUGAAGUCAGUUGUUGUGACAAUUCUGAGUCCUUUGAAUUUCCAUUUAAAUGUCAGGGUCAGCUCCUCAGUGCCUGUAAUGAAGCCAGCUGGGAUUCUCGCAUGCAUGUGGCUUCCUGCACUGGCCAUGCCUGUGCCCACAGAAGGCACCCCGCCGCCCCUGAGCGGCACCCCUGUCCCAGUCCCGGCCUACUUCCGCCACGCACAACCUGGCUUCUCCCUCAAGAGGCCUGGGGGGCUCAGCCGGAGCCUCCCGCCCCGACCCCCUGCCAAGGGCAGCAUCCCCAUCAGUCGCAUCUUCCCUCCUCGGACCCCGGGCUGGCACCAGCCCCAGCCCCGGAGGGUGUCAUUUCGGAGCGAGACCUCAGAGACCCUGCAGAGCCCUGGGUACGACCCGAGCCGGCCAGAAUCCUUCUUCCAGCAGAACUUCCAGAGGCUCGGCCGCCUGGGCCAUGGCUCCUACGGGGAGGUCUUCAAGGUGCGCUCCAAGGAGGAUGGCCGGCUCUAUGCAGUCAAGCGCUCCAUGUCGCCGUUCCGGGGCCCCAAGGACCGGGCCCGCAAGCUGGCCGAGGUGGGCGGCCACGAGAAGGUGGGGCGGCACCCACGUUGUGUGCGGCUGGAGCAGGCCUGGGAGGAGGGUGGCAUCUUGUACCUGCAGACGGAGCUGUGUGGGCCCAGUCUGCAGCAGCACUGUGAGGCCUGGGGUGCCAGCCUGCCCGAAGCCCAGGUCUGGGGCUACCUGCGGGACACCCUGCUCGCCCUGGCGCACCUGCAUGGCCAAGGCCUGGUCCACCUUGAUGUCAAGCCUGCCAACAUCUUCCUGGGGCCCCGGGGCCGCUGCAAGCUGGGUGACUUUGGGCUGCUGGUGGAGCUGGGUGCAGUCGGGGCUGGCGAGGCCCAGGAGGGAGACCCCCGCUACAUGGCCCCCGAGCUGCUGCAGGGCUCCUGUGGAACAGCAGCUGAUGUUUUCAGUCUGGGUCUCACCAUCCUGGAAGUGGCAUGCAACAUGGAGCUGCCCCAUGGUGGGGAGGGCUGGCAGCAGCUGCGCCAGGGCUACCUGCCCCCUGAGUUCACUGCCGGUCUGUCCCCCGAGCUCCGUUCUGUCCUCGUCAUGAUGCUGGAGCCUGACCCCCAGUUGCGGGCCACUGCUGAGGCCCUGCUGGCCCUGCCCAUGCUGAGGCCACCACGGCCCUGGAGCGUCCUGUGGUUCCUGGCUGCCGAGGCCCUGAGCCGUGGGUGGGCCCUGUGGCAGGCUCUGCUUGCCCUGCUGUGCUGGCUCUGGCAUGGGCUAGCCCACCCUGCCAGCUGGCUGCAGCCCCCAGGCCCGCCAGCCACCCCUCCCGGCUCACCGCCCUGCAGCCUGCUCCUGGACGGCAGCCUCUCCAGCAGCUGGGACGAGGACAGUCUACGGGCCACGCUCUCCUCAGAGGCCACCCUGGCCCGGGCUGCUGGCAGUACCUCCACUCCCCGGAGCAGAUACCCACCCAGGUGAGCAGGCCCAGGGGCAGGGGGCUGGGCGGGGCUGGCUUGCGGGUCCCGAGUGUCAUCUCUCUCUUCUCUCACCCAGGGAUGCCCUGGACCUCAGUGACAUCGACUCAGAGCCACCUCGGGGUUCCUUCCCCUCCUUUGAGCCUCGGAACCUCCUCAGCCUGUUUGAGGACUCACUAGACCCAACCUGGGCCUCGGGCCCCACAUAGCUGCUUUUAACCUCCUGUUUCCUUUUCUCUCAUUCCCUGGAAAGUGGGGUCCCUCUGGGGCCUCUGCCUGGCCAUGUGUAAUAAAAGGUAUUUGAACCUUG